ACAAAACUGUAAAGUAAAACCAGUCUCUCCCCUCCCUCUCUGUUCUCGAACGCUCGCAGAACAUGAACAGCAGUUCAAGCAGCAGCAGCAGCAGCAGCGCAAGCUCGAAUGGACACACGGACGACCUCAGCUCGUUCACGUACGACAUGGCGUUCAUAAUCGGUUUCAUCGUCCUCGUCCUCAUCAUCACCCUCUCCUCCUACAUCUGCAUCCGCAGCAACCGCGGGGCAGUCAGCCCGGCUCGGUUCGUGCUCCGGGGCCUCGUCGCCGGGCCGGCCGGAGCGGGCGGGGGGAUCGACGAGGCCACGCUCCGGAGCUACCCGACGGUCCUGUUCUCGAGCGCGAAGCACCACGACAAGAGCAGCUCGGCGGACUCGAGCGAUGGGGUCGGCGGCGGCUCUUGCCCGAUAUGCUUGGGCGAAUACAAGGAGAGCGAUGUGCUGCGGCUGUUGCCGGUGUGCGGGCACUUCUUCCACGUGAGGUGCGUCGACCCGUGGCUGAGACUGCACGCCACGUGCCCCGUUUGCAGGAAGUCGCCGGCGGCCGUGGCCGUGCGGGUCGACGGUGAUCCUCACGGCGGAGACAGGUAAGCUACUAAAGCUAGGUACUUGAUUCAAAAGGGUGUUCGCCGGAAAAUGAUCAGAUGGAAGAACACGCCUGCAACAUUACCGAAAGCAAGCACGGAAGUUUCGAAACCUCAAUCUUGAAAACUACCCUCUAUUUCUCUUGGCUUCAACGGAGCCAAUCUCUUCUGAUUUUCUCUUUGUAUAUUCAUUUUCUCUUUCGAAAUGAAAUUGGGGUUGCAAAAUUUCUCA